ACCAUUUCCGCCAUGACUCGUUAAUCAACGGAAAAUUCCGACAUUUGUUGAUAAACAAGGGAAUGUGACGUUAAUUUUGGUGUGCAAUGUAUACAUUUUAAUGAAUAUUGUUUAAUGAACAUCCUCGAUGAUGUAAAUUCACGUUCAAAUGGUAUGAUUGCCAAAUAAGGCGCCCAUGGCUUUCCGAUAUGUCUGAGGUCGACAUCACCGAGGAACUGCCGAACGGUGACGAUUCCGCAUUCACGGAAGAACAACAACACGACGAAGACGGGACACGAGACCACGCGGAUGACAACUCAAUCUCAGCAGAACAUGUAUAUGUAGCCACAUCUCAAGGCAUUCUGUCAGCUGAACAAUUUGCAGAAAAUGUGAAUGCACAAAAUCAGUUUAAAACAACACACAUUGUGAUUCAUGAUCAAACACUAACUGUUGAUUCUGGACUGAAAACACCUUCAACUCCACUCCCCCCUCCAACACCUGCAACACCCCUUAGUAGAGAAAAAGGUUUACGGUACCAAUGGGAUGAUUCAGUUCAUGAUCCAGUUUUACCAGUUCGGUGCAAAAAUACAAACGGAGAAUUGCACAAAGCAAAAUUUGGUUCAGGUGGUAGGGGUCGGUGUAUAAAGAGUCUAGAGGAUUGGUUUACCCCAAACGAGUUUGAGGCACACAGUGGAAGAGCCAGUAGUAAAGAUUGGAAGAGAAGUAUAAGAUAUGGUGGUCGGACAUUGCAGUGUCUGAUAGAUGAUAAUAUUUUACAGCCGCAUGCUACUUCCUGUACAUGUGCAGCAUGCUGUGAUGACGAUGCUGUAACAGGGCCUGUUCGAUUAUUUGUGCCUUAUAAACGACGAAAGAAAGACAGCGAAAGUGGACCAGGUCCAUUGUCUCCAGCCCCAACUACUUCACCACAAUUUGUAGCAAAGAAACAACGUCUAAAUUCUACAAAAACACCAACAUCAUCAUCAAUGAUUCCAGCAACACUUACACCAGUCUCCAUUGGGAAAGACCAUGGUAUGAUGCUUUCUCUUGCUACAUCACAACCACAGCAACAUGCCCAUCCAAUAAAAGUGACCAAUACAGAGGGAGAAACUGUCCAGAUAUUGACCACUGAUGGACAUGGAAAUCUUAUUUCAGGAGAUGCUGUAAUGAUGACGUCCAUACCAAUGACACCUAAGACACCUCACGGAUCUGCAAUAUCUUUACCUGAUGUUAAUGAACAACGUCAGUGGUGGCAGCUAGAAGAGAUGGCUAAUAAUCUUCUUACUCAAGCUCAGCAACUGAAGGCCAUGGUAGAACAAGCCAAGCAGCAGAGUCAGUUAAGCAGAGAAGCUGCCAUACAGCAAGUCAAAAUGCAGUGUGAAAAAGAAAAACAAGAAGCUUUACAACAAACUAGAUUAGAAUUCCAAAUACAAAUGUCCAGAGCAUUGAUGGAAGAGAGGGCACAGAAAGAAAUGGCCGUGCAGCAUGCACUGGCAUCAUCUAGGGCAGACCUUCAGGACAAAAUUGAUUCUGUGACUGUAGUUGCUGUGGAUAAAGUUACAUAUAAUGAUAACUGGGCACAACAACAAAAUGAUCAAAAUCAGAUUCAUGUUGAAAUGAUUAAUGGUGAAAUGGUAGAAGACGACUCUGACAAAGAUAAAGGAGUGGAUGGUUGAAAAUAGGUGUUCACUUGUUGGAAUAGAUGAAAUCUAACAUUUCUGUUAUAAACAGAGAUAUUUUUUAAUGACCUUAAGACACUCAUAAAUGAGUUCUUACCAAUCAAAAUGGUAUAUUCAUGAAACAAAUCAUGUAAAAUGCAUUUUUCAAAACUAGUUCUUUUGAAUGGAGUAUUUAUGAUAUCUGUUUGAUAUUUGUCAUGUUUAUUAGUUGCUAUGGUAAUAAUACAUACGAUACAGCUAAAUUGGAAUACAUGUAUGUUUUUGUUACAGCCGUUUUAAAACAUUUGAAAUAUUUUUUUAAAGUAACACCUUGUUUAAUUUUAAUGCUUUAUUUAUGAAUAAAAGAAUUGAAUUGUUGGAUAUCAAAAGGGUCAGUUUACAAGAUAAAGAUUGUCAAUAUGUUAAACGGUAAUGUUUUAUAAAGCUUUAAAAAAAAAGUCUACAAAAAUAAAGAAUGUGAAAGUCGUGCUGCAAUUGGAAAACUUUAGUUCAAAAUGUAUUCUCUGGGACAGCUUUGAAAAUUAAAGAAGUUUCCUUGCAUUGUUCUUCAGUAUUUUUUAAAUUUUAAUUAUGUAGACGGCAAGUUUGAACUUGAGCUUUAUCAAUGACUGUAUUUGACAGUUUUGGUCUGGAUACAUACAUCAUACCUGCCUUUCAACUGCAGUCUAUUCAUUGUAAAUAAGAAAUACUUUGAGAUAAAUGAUGAAAUGCUAAAUGAAUUAGGUCUUACUCAUGUUUAUUUCUGUUUUCACAGAAUAUAGCACCAAAUGUAUUUAAACAAAAUGUUGGUAUAACAUCUGUUGUUAGGUGUCAGAUAAUAAGGUGCUGGUCAGUAUUUUGUUUAUCCUGCAAGUUCCAUCUUUUUAUGUUAUGUUAAAAAAUGAACAGGCUUAAUGGACAAAAGAAAUUACCCGACUAGUGGAUAUGUGUUAUUCAGUGUUAAAUUCUUCAUACAUAUUUCCUUUUUCAAAAACCUCACAUUUACCCCACUAGUUAAUAUAUCAUAUGUUAUCAUCAUUACAUUUCUGCAUGUGUAUUUGAAAUAUUUGUAGCUAAUUGAGUCACAUGAAACAUAUCAAUUUCAUAUAAAAUGAGACGCAGCUUACAGAAAAGGAGGAAAUUGCAAUACAAUUUGUCAAAAGUGCUUAAAAAGAUGCAGUAGUUAAUUGUUUGUGUAUUGUGUAUAUAUUUUUGUAUGUGUAUAUAAAUUGUUUAUGUCUGAAAUUCCUUUUACUGUUUUUGGUAUUGUAAAUGAAAUGCAAAUGUGUUAGUUAUUUUAUGUGUCAAUAAAAACAAAGCAUUAUCUUGAUA